AAAACACAUACGUUUAUAAAUUUAUUUAAAGAAAAUAGUGUCAAAUAGAUUUUGUCAAGGCUCAAAUAAACAUAGGUUCACGUAAGGCGCAAACUACUGUUUAUCUAUUUGUUGUGUGCGUGCGAGAGAGACAGGUAAAAUCAGCCGGUGAGGUGAGAGAGUGAAGCAAUCGCUGGAUUCACUUGUGAUUUGGAACUUUGAUAGAUAACAAGCGCUUUAAAAGCAAGUGAAACUGCACUUUUGCAUACACAAGACUGGACUGAACGCAAUUGCAUUUAAUCAACCGGGAACAACAAAGAACAUUCAUUAUGCAACGCAUUGCUAUUAUUGGAGGAACCGGCAUGACCGGCGAGUGUGCCGUGGAUCACGCUUUGGAAAAGGGCCUCACGGUGAAAUUGCUUUAUCGCAGCGAGGCUACCGUUCCUGCCCGAUUCAAGUCCAAGGUUGAACUGGUCAAGGGUGAUGUGACCAACUACGAGGAUGUACGGCGUCUUAUCGAGGGAGUAGAGGCUGUGGCUGUCAUCCUGGGCACCCGAAACAAGUUAGAGGCCACCACAGAGCUCUCUCGCGGCACUGAGAACCUUAUCAAGGCUAUGAAGGAAGCCAAGCUCACCAAGUUCUCCAUAGUCAUGUCCUCGUUCCUCUUGCGUCCACUAAACGAGGUGCCCGCUGUGUUCCAUCGACUAAACGAGGAGCACCAGCGCAUGCUAGACUUGACCAAGGCUUCAGAUCUAGAUUGGAUUGCCAUCUUGCCGCCCCAUAUCGCCGAUGAGCCGUCCAGCGGCUACACCGUAUUGCAUGAUGAGGCUCCAGGUCGCCUGGUUUCGAAAUAUGAUUUGGGAAAGUUCAUCAUUGACAGCCUUGAGCUGCCGAAGCAUUAUCGUAAGGUGUGCGGCAUUGGCAAGAGCCCGAAAAGUGCUUAGAUCAAUCCAUCAACCAUUUGGGUUUGUGACCGAUUGCAGCUGAUCAUUUAGUUCGUACAAAUCUAAUUUGAUAUUCCUGUCGGAGUCCUAUUAAUCCGCCAAAUACAUAUUCGUAUGUAGUGUGAGUGCACAAUAAACUUUCCAUUUUAGAAGAUA